AUGUCACAAAAAGGCAAGCCCAUCGACGCCCCCGCCACCGAAGAUCCACCGUACCUGCAACCAGGUUCCAUAGUUGAGGUCAACCACGAAGACAAUGUUUGCCCGCGUGCGCGGUACACCGCUAUAAUCAUGGAGCGCGCUACUUCAACAAACGACAAGAGGUACGUGGUCCAAUUCACCAAUCUUUACCAAGAUAGAAAUAGCGGGACAAAACUCUCCAAGGAGUACAACAGCGUCGAUAUACGCCCUCUGCCCCCUCCACAACCACCAAGAAAGUUCAAGGUGGGUGACAUAGUGGAGGCUUAUUUCGACGACGGCUGGUACGAAGGCAAGAUUGAUCAAGUGUUGGAUGAUGACAGGUAUAUUUUUCGGAUGUCAUCCAUGUUCUUACUGUUUGGAGUGAAUCAAUUGAGGCUUCAUAGAACCUGGCUUAAUGGGAAUUGGGUACCACCAUUGGAUGAAUCUGAGCUAGCUGUGGAGGAAGAAGAUUCAACAGAGAAAAUAAUGGAGUCUGAGACUGACAAUGCAGAAGCAAGCAAAGCAGGGACUGGUAACAUAUUGGAGGAGUCUUAUCAGAAAACAAAAGAAAAAGAAGAAGAGUUUAGUGAGGGAGCACAUGUUGAGGUGACCAAUAUUGAUGGAGAUGGUUCUAACCAAGCUUGGUUUGCUGCAACUAUUGUUAAACCAGUGGGGAAUAAUAGGUACCUCAUUCGGUUUGAGACCUUGAGAACCGAAGAUGAUACUGGUUUCUUAGAGAAAGAGAUGGAUAGCUCGCACAUUAGGCCUCCUCCACCACAUAUUCCGGUGCCUGACCAGUUUAAAAUGUUUGAUCACGUUGAAGUUUUGUACAAAGGUGGGUGGUGGAAGGGCGUGAUUGCAGAGGUUCUUCCUGACGAUUCUAAAUAUCUGGUCUUUUUAGCUAACUAUGAUAAAUUGGAAUGUAAACACUCUGAUUUAAGGCCACGCCAAGGCAGCAUUGAUGAAAACUGA